AUGCUGUGGUCCAGGGACAAGAACAGGCUGGCACCCGAGACUGGGGAGCAAAAGGACACCAUCGUGCCAAGACGGGCUGAUCAAAUCCUCCAGGGUGUAAAUCACUUAUCUUCCCCUGGCGCUGGGGAGGGCCUCACGGGGAGUCGCAUAGAAAUUUUACAUUUUUUUCCCUUUCUUAGGACAAAGUUAAACUAUAACCCUCCAAAAGAUGAUGGAUCAACCUAUAAGAUUGAACUUGAAGGGAUAUCGGUAAUGGUUAUGAGAGAGAUCCUGGAUUACAUCUUCAGUGGGCAGAUCCGGCUGAGCGAAGACACAAUCCAAGAUGUUGUGCAGGCAGCGGACCUGCUCCUGCUGACGGAUCUGAAAACUCUGUGCUGUGAGUUUUUAGAAGGCUGCAUUGCCGCAGAGAACUGCAUCGGUAUCCGCGACUUUGCACUUCAUUACUGCCUGCACCACGUCCAUUACCUGGCCACGGAGUACCUGGAGACUCAUUUCCGAGACGUCAGCAGCACAGAAGAGUUCCUAGAACUCAGUCCACAGAAGCUUAAAGAAGUGAUUUCUCUGGAGAAGUUAAAUGUUGGCAAUGAAAGAUACGUGUUUGAAGCAGUGAUCCGAUGGAUAGCACACGAUACAGAGCUAAGGAAGGUCCACAUGAAGGAUGUGAUGUCAGCGCUCUGGGUUUCAGGGUUAGACUCCAGCUACUUACGGGAACAGAUGCUGAACGAACCGUUGGUGCGAGAAAUCGUCAAGGAGUGCAGCAACAUACCGCUGAGUCAGCCGCAGCAGGGGGAGGCCAUGCUGGCGAACUUCAAGCCGCGGGGUUACUCCGAGUGCAUUGUGACUGUGGGUGGAGAAGAGAGAGUUUCCCGGAAACCAACAGCAGCGAUGCGAUGUAUGUGCCCUCUUUAUGACCCUAAUAGGCAGCUUUGGAUUGAACUGGCCCCUUUAAGCAUGCCAAGAAUUAACCACGGAGUUCUCUCAGCAGAGGGAUUCUUGUUUGUAUUUGGGGGCCAAGAUGAAAAUAAGCAGACCCUGAGCUCAGGAGAAAAAUACGACCCAGAUGCAAAUACGUGGACUGCAUUGCCGCCAAUGAAUGAGCCGCGGCAUAAUUUUGGAAUUGUGGAGAUAGAUGGAAUGCUGUACAUUUUAGGAGGAGAAGACGGUGAGAAAGAGCUGAUCUCCAUGGAGCGCUAUGACAUUUAUUCUAAAACCUGGACAAAGCAACCUGACCUGACCAUGGUUAGAAAGAUUGGCUGCUAUGCAGCUAUGAAAAAGAAAAUCUAUGCCAUGGGCGGAGGAUCAUAUGGAAAACUCUUCGAAUCUGUGGAAUGUUACGACCCAAGGACCCAGCAGUGGACUGCUAUUUGUCCGCUAAAAGAGAGAAGAUUUGGAGCUGUGGCCUGUGGAGUUGCCAUGGAACUGUAUGUUUUUGGGGGAGUCAGAAGUCGUGAAGACAUCCAGGGCAGUGAGAUGGUCACUUGCAAGUCUGAAUUCUACCACGAUGAGUUUAAAAGGUGGAUCUACCUUAACGACCAGAAUUUAUGCAUCCCCGCCAGUUCUUCUUUUGUGUAUGGAGCUGUCCCCAUAGGAGCCAGCAUUUACGUUAUCGGAGAUCUCGAUACAGGUACCAAUUACGACUACGUGCGUGAGUUUAAAAGAAGCACAGGGACGUGGCACCAUACCAAACCGCUCCUCCCGUCCGACCUCCGCCGCACCGGCUGUGCAGCCUUACGUAUUGCAAAUUGCAAGCUUUUCCGCCUGCAGCUCCAGCAAGGCCUAUUCCGUAUCCGUGUUCAUUCACCCUGA